GUGAUUAGCUGCGCUGCUGGCAACGCUUUUCCUCCACGGUGCUGGGAUUGUUGGAGACAAGAAGACUAUCAGGCAUAUUGAUAGUGAUGAGACAAUAGCCGUGCGGUUUGAGUCCAAGAAGGGCUAGAUACACUCAUUUUUCAACAUAUCUAACAAUUGACACAUGGUCCCACCCCCUCCACUCUCUACUCUAUCGUACCCUCGUUCCAGAAGCUCUAUACUGCCUACACUCCUUUUUAGCAUUACAUUUUUGUGUUCUUGCUCAUAUAGCGUCACCCUGUUUCUCUUGAUCUUGAAUGUUCCAUACUACAUACACUCCUUUCUAGCCUUAUAUAUUUUUCUGUCCUUAUCUAUAGAACGUUAUCCCUGUUUCUCUCAAUCUUGCAUGGCAUAUAUAAUUUCAAGUGUCGUGGUUUCUUGCGAUGAUGUAGCUGAGUGAAGACUGUCGUCUGCUUAGUCACACUGUCAUACCAAAAGGCCUGAGUGAUACUGAAAGCUAUCGCAGACAGACUCUAGUAAGCCAGUAUGCUUACAGAUGAUCAAC